UAUGCAAAUACACCCGCUCCCAUAAGUGUUUUGGCGUGUCGAGGAGAGAGACAUCAAGACAUCACUACAUUUUAGAUUUUAAUAAAUUAUCAGCCUGCAUGCGCGUCUCGGUAAAUUAACCAGUUCACAGAAGAGCGCAGGACACCAACGUGCGUCAUUGUGACACCACUGUAGUAAACAGCAUAUGGCACUUGGUGCCAUUGAAAUAUUUCUUCGUUGUAUGUAAUCAUUUACAUUGGGUAAAUAUACCGUCAUAAAAGUUUUAUGGACGGAAAGCUAUACAUGCGCCCGAAUGCACGGAGCGUAUCGUGCAGAUCAUGCAAAUUACUUUCAUGAGGCCCAAACCUACCGGUAUUACUGAAUGUGUUAGGAAUCCGGUUAUGAUAGUAGUGGUGGCGUUCAUGAUGGUGACGUCGCAUGGAAAGAUUCCAAAGGCGACACGAAUUUAGUGAGCUAGAUGUCGGGAAAUACCUUGGUCCGAGUUGUGUUGUUCUGUGGAUGGAUGUUAAGAUGACCGCCUGUUCCUCCCCGCGGCAAAGAUUACGGGUUGCUAUCUUGUGUUUACAAAUCGUUACGGUGGUUCGAAGUCGCGAGCGCCCAGACAUGAGCGGAGUGACCGAAGCAUUGGAAUAUGUCCAGGAGAUCGCAAGCCAGGGAGAAGGUAAUUGCUCCUUCGGGCCUACCCUCAAUCUUGAAUACGACCAGGACAGAUGGUCCGAGCAAGCUGCCGUGGCCGUCCACUCAGCCAACCUACUGACAUCCCUCUCACGGACUGGGGAUCACAUCUUCGGCGCGGGCGAGGAGGACGAGCAACUCCCCUAUUCCAUAGUCAGAGCUAACGUGGACAACUACCCCAACGUCUUCGGCUCGGCCAUAGCCUUUGAUUACCUCCUCUACCGUGACUAUGAAGUCUUCUCCCCGUACGCUUUCCAGGCCGCCGACGGCACCGAAGUCAAGGACCUGUCCAUCGGCUACGACUACCGCACCAAUUCCACCGACUGGUUUUACAUUCCGUUCCAGAACUUCAAGGACGAGUCCUUGGAUUCCAACUACACUUUUCACGGAAGCCUUUCGUCAAACGCUACAUCUAUGGCGAGGCUUACUCUCGGUGAUGGCUACUGGACCAAACCGUACUUCGACUGCGGCGGGGGCAAUGUUUGGAUGGUUACUUUCUCAAUGCCAUUCUUUCUACCCGCUCGACGAGACUCAGCAAAUGUCUCUUCAGAUAUCUCUUCCCAACGGCUUACUUUCGCAGGUGUGACGACGAUUGACAUAGCAUUAAGUAGCCUAGACAUCAACCAAUGCCCAAAGAACGACAGUAACUCCGAUGACCAAACCGUCUUCGAUCCAUUCGUGGACACACAUCUGUGUAAAGACACCACUUACUGUAGUCCUAUUUCUGGGCUUGGCUUCGAGAGGGGUGCGUAUAAGUGUAUUUGCCGGAAAGGCUACUAUUUUCCAGACACCUCGAACCCUCAUCAAGCAUUCAAUGGCACCGAAAUCGAAGCCGAAUACAGCAAGAAAGUACAUGGUUACGAAAAUACCUACGACAGUGACUUCAACUGUCUGAAAUGUAUGAAAGAGUGUGACGAAUGCGUGGAUGCUACUCCGUGUUUCCUGGAGCCUUCUGCCGUGCUAUCCACCGUCGUUCUGGCUCUGACAGGCGCCUGUGUCCUGGUGUUGCUGGUGCUCAUUAUUUACACCUGGGUCAAUCGAGACAACAAGGUAUUCAAAGCUGCCAGCCCCGGUUUGCUGUACGUCUUCCUCAUUGGGUCGGCUGUUAUGUAUACGGAGAAUAUUUUACACGCUGCUUUUAGAGGAACGGACAUGGGAUCUUGGCACUGUCUUUUACAACCGUGGGCUCGCUACCUUGGCGUAGGGUUAGCCUAUGGAGCCUUACUCUUCAAAACCUGGAGAAUCACUGUGGUCUUCACCGUCCGGAGUGCCAAGCCGGUUCGCAUCACUGACGCCCAGCUGUACCUGCGCAUCGGCGCACUUAUCAUUCUGAUGGCGCUAUUCCUCGGAGUCGGGACGUAUCUCCAGCCGUCCGUUGAGGAGACGCAGGUCACUUCCAACAACCUCAAGUACAGGCAGUGCACCGUCACACUGUGGAGUUACAUAGGAGAAGGAGCUACACUAGUUCUGCUGGCAUGGGGUGUUUACCUAUGCAUAAAAGUCAGGAAGGCGCCCUCUGCGUUUAACGAAAGCAAAUUCAUCAGCAUCUGCAUAUACAAUGAGACAAUCAUCUCGGCCUUCAAUAUCAUAUUGACCACCGUAGUACUGGAGUCUGUAGAGCAGAGCGUGGCUGAUAAACACUUAUUUGUCGGAGUUUGCCGCGUACAACUAACUGUAACUAUCAUGGUUACUUUACUCUACGGCUCAAAGAUAUACCACGUCAUGCAAAAUCGACAGCAGAAGACCGGCACGCCACUGGAGCUCAGGAAGCGAGGCAAAGGAGCCAGAGGGCCCACGGGAACGUCCGGGUUGGCCACGCUGGAUUCCAUUUCGCCGACCAUAGACUUCUGCUAUUCGAAUCCUGACGUCAAAUCCGAGUUUGAGCGAAUGGUAAAAGUUCUGGAAUCUAUUAAAGAGGCUAUGCAACUGCACGAUGACGGAUUGAUGCAGACCUGUCUUUCAGAUUUCGAAAAGGAGCUGUGGGUUGCACGAGCCCAGGACCGACCGACCAGCACCUUAGUCGGCGGUGAGGAUGACACACCAGGCCCGUCCCACGUCGCCACAUUUCCUGGUCGACAUCGGCCCUCUAGAACACCGUCAAUUGAGAACUGGGUUUUGAAAUAAAGUUUAGAAACUAUAUUGGAACUGAGAGUGCCUUUCUUUACAAUAAUGAUACAUUACUAGAGAGAAAAAGAUGUUUUUCUAAAACAUUUACAUUACCAUGUGUGUGAUCUGUUGAAUUUCAAUUAGUUUCAACUUCACCGUGUACUUGGUCCAUUAUUAUUAAUUAUUUUGUGUAAUGCUUUUCAGAGUUGGGAAUAUCAUUCGUUUAUGAUAUUAUAUAUAGUCACGCGUCAAAGAUUUUUCGUUGCCUUGACAAAAACGUUUUGUUUAUCCGGUUCGUAAGGGUGGCAUCACUUCAGUUCAAACCACGCCCACUGCACACAGAGUUACGUGGAACCAUGGAACUGGAAAGUAAUGCGCACCUCUGCAUGCAGUGCUCAUCCAAGGAAGCUUGCAAUAUAAUCAGAGGUGCGUGUAUUUGUCUACGACGAAGGCACUUACGAACCGGACAGUUAUAAGGGUAAUUCCGAUCCAAGAAUCCAUUUUUUUUCGUGUCCCUGUUACAUCUUACAUUAUGAUUUUGUAAGUUCAGAACACAUUUUCUAAUU